AUGCGAUUAUCAUUAAUAUUAAGAAGUUUAAAGAAUGUUACGGAAGAAAGAUUACCAAGAAAAAAACCUUAUUGGUUAACAAAAUCAAAUUUAGAAAUUCCAGGAAAAUCUCGUUCUAUUGUUGAUCUUAUUCAAUCAUAUAAAGCUCGUACGAAUGAACCAGGUUUUUUAAAACGAACAAUAUUAAUGCGUAAUUAUCAAAAACGGAAUGAAUAUUGUGAAAAAGAUUUUUUUGAACAAGGACCUGAUGUUUACGCAGCUUCUCGAACAAUUGAAUAUAGUGGAAGAUUUCGAAUGAAUGGCCGACAGAAAUGGAUAACUCGAUUAGAAAAACCACGAGGUACAUUAGCACUUAAUUUAAAUUUUCAAUUAGAAGCUGUUGAUCUUUCGCAAACAUCUAUUAAUAUCGAUGGAUUAGAUCAUUAUGUUGGUUGUGAUAAUAUUAAAGCAAUGUAUCUAACUAAAUGUCGUUAUGUUGACGACUGGUUUCUUUCUAGACUUGCUCAUGAAUUUCAUGAUCAAUUGUUAUUCCUUGAUUUAAGUGAAUGUCCUUCCGUAGGAGUUACUGGAUUACUUGCACUUACUCGUCUUAAAUCAUUGAAAAGAUUACGUCUCUAUAAUCUUCCACCAUUCGAUGGUAAAGAAGCAGCAGCUAUGAUCUUUGAAGAAAAUGUACCUGGAUGUUUAGUAGAAGGCAUUAAUUAUGAAAUAGAAACUGUAGCUGGACUUUUAGAAGCAGGUGAAACACAACAACAACAAGAUGAACUUCAUCUAAUCGGUACAAACAACGAUGAUACUCAACAUCCUCAAGAUGACAAAACACGACAAUCUGUUCAAGUGAACUAG